AGGAUACAGUUCGUGAACCUACCCGAGAGGACAAAGGUCACGCGUCCUCAUCCACGCGAAACCCUAGCGCCGAAUCGCGAUCCCCUUCCCCACGCCGUCACCACGAUCCCACCCCGUGUGACCGCCGAUCUGCUGCCGAUGACGCAGAAGAAGCGCCCCCGCCGCAGGAGGUCUCCUCGCGAAGGACCCUCCCGCCGUCGCCGCGGUGAAGAAGGCGCAUCGUUGUCUGGAUCCCUUGUCGAAUCGGAUAGCAGCAGCACGACAUCCAGCGCGCCGCCGUCCGGAUCCUUCGACAAGCCGGCCGGGCGGACUUCCAGCGCGCCGCCGUCCGGAUCCUUGGACGAGCCGCCGGUCGCCUGGCCGGCCCGCCAGUCCAGGUACCAUGAGAUCCUCGCCUCGCGUCUCGUCCGAUUGCAGUUACAAGCGGGCGUCGCCAUCGACAGCCCAAAUCUUCCUUCCGAUCAAAUUGUCCAAGUCCUCGCUCGUUCUAAUUUCUAUGAUGAUGAGCUGCGGGCUGCUCUGGUAGAAUAUCAAGUCCACAAGUUCUUGAGCGAACCCCACGGACCAGAUGUUGGAGAUACACACUUUGGAGAGGACUCGGGCGAUGAUAUCACUGCGGAGGAAUUCGUCAAGUACUCCGGACAGCUAAAGACUCGCAGACCUGCUGAAAUUGACACCAAGACUGGACUGGAUCAAGAGCAGUUGGACAGCCUCCUCGCCAAGUAUAAACGUUAUCGCUUCAAAGCUUACCUGUUGUUGUUAGGAAAGCCUGUCGACGAGCUAGAAGAAGCUGCACUGGAAUCCAAGUACCCUAUGGAGCUUGCCUUGGAGAAUGACUUCUUCUAUCCUUGCCAUCAUGAUAGCGCCUUUGGCUGGUAUUUUGACUCCGACCUCUGUUUACUUGCAAACUUGAGCGACUACCAGCGGCUAGUCCUUCCUAACCGU